ACCAUGGCUCGUCCUUCUUCGGCGUCUGCAACGGCCAAGCUUCCUUCUAUCAAACCAGAGGAUUACGCUCACAGUCCCGUUCACUACGCCGUCGUUUUGGGAGAUCACGCUUCACUCUCUCGUCUUCUCUCUUCCGUUCCAAAGCUCGGAGAUCCAGAGCAGAUCCGCACCGAGUCCGACUCACUGAGCCAAGAACGAAUCGCGGAUCAGAUCUCUGCCGUCCUUGACCGCCGCGACGUUCCCUCACGCGAGACGCCGCUCCAUCUAGCGGUUAGACUCAACGACCUGCUCGCGGCAAAGGCGAUUUCAUUAGCCGGCGCUGACAUUUCGCUCCACAACGCCGCGGGAUGGAAUCCGUUACAGGAGGCUUUCUGUCGCCGGAACUCUGAGAUUAUGAAAGUGCUUCUGAGUAAUCACCACCGUUUAGCGUGGUGCAAAUGGCGGAGGCGGUUACCGCGAUUGAUCGGUGUUCUCCGUCGCAUGAGAGAUUUCUACAUGGAGAUAUCUUUCCACUUCGAGAGCUCUGUGAUUCCUUUCGUCGGCAAAAUCGCUCCCUCUGACACCUACAAGAUCUGGAAACGCGACGGCAACCUCCGCGCCGAUACUACCUUGGCCGGAUUCGACGGAUUGAAAAUCCAGCGUGCCGAUCAAAGCUUUCUUUUCCUCGGUGACGGUGACGAAUCUCUCGACAUCUCUCCUGGAUCGUUGCUUGUACUGAAUCGAGACGACCGUAAGAUCCUAGACGCGUUUGAGAGUGCUGGAGCUCCGAUUAGCGAUUCGGAUAUCGCUGGAUUCUGCUCUCAGUCUAGCUUGUACCGUCCGGGGAUGGAUGUUACUAAAGCUGAGCUCGUCGGGAGGUUGAAUUGGCGGCGGCAAGAGAAGAUGGAAAGCGUCGGAGAUUGGAAAGCUAGGGUUUAUGAAAUUCAGAAAGUGACUUUCAGUUUCAGGUCUCGGAAGGUCGUUAACGACGGCGAGAGCGAACAAGUUCAACCUCUAGAGCUAGACGAAGACGAUGAUGGAUUCCUAGUAGCGGAGAAUCCGAGUUUCUUAGCUCCGCAGAGGUCACAGAGACGGCACAGUAGCUUCGUUAACGAAGACAGAGAUUGGAUUUCCGUUGGGAGAAAAAGCGUCGACGUAUAUCCCUCUGCCGCACCACCACCGCAGUUUCAACCACCAAGAAGAUCAGUAACUCAAUUCCAGCCUCCGAGAAGGUCAAUGGCCGUACCUUCAACCGCCUCCGCCGCACCACCACCGCAAUUCCAGCAACCGAGAAGAUCAGUAUCACAAUUCCAGCCAGCGAGAAGAUCAGUGGCCGUACCUUCAACGGUGAAUCCUCCACCAUCUCCUCAGAUUAAAGAGAAGGAAUUCGUCAAGAGCUUGCAUCCGUCUGUUUGGUUGACGGAACAGUUUCCGUUAAAGACAGAAGAGCUGCUUCCGUUACUCGACAUUUUAGCGAACAAGGUCAAAGCCGUCGCGAGAAUGCGUGAGCUCCUCACCACCAAGUUCCCGCCGGGAACUUUUCCAGUCAAGUUGUCGAUUCCGGUGGUCCCGACGGUCAAAGUAGUAAUCACAUUCACCAAGUUCGUCGAUCUUCCACCAGCGGAGCGAUUCUACACACCACUCUCAAGUCCGAGAUUCCUCUCCUGUGCAGACCAAUGGGAUGAUGAUGAGGAAAAAUCAGACGCUCGGAAUUCAACCUCACGGCCAUCUUCGUGGCUGAGACGCACCGGAUUAGGCUCACAGAGGCGGAUAGAGGAGGAGGAGCAACAAUCACCGGACCCAUUUGCUAUACCUAUUGGGUAUAAGUGGACAAGCAUGAAGAACAACAAUAAGUCCGAUAGUAAAAUGAAGAGAUCAAAGUCUACUAAGAGAGCUAAAUGAAAGAAGAUAUAAUCUCUAGUAUUUUUUUUUUUGUUGUUGUUCUUGUUGAUAUUCUGAAAUUAGUAAGUAGUCAAUAUAGAGGAAUUAUUUCUGGAUGUAGUUUUUUUUUUUUUUUUUACUAUACAUUUUUUUUAAAAUCUGAAAUGGUUAUAAGUAGGGAUUCAAAUACUGUCA